AUGCCUUCCCUCGCUCAGACUCUCCCCGUUCUCGCCGCCGUGGCGUUGAACUCCGCCAACGCUGCCAUGGGCCCUGCCUUCAGCACCGGUCCCGUCUCCGACAGCACCUUCAUCCGUGAGGCCACUUCCACCCUGGUCCUCCCCAAGGCCCCCAGCGGAAACUCUGGCGAUGCUUCCCUCUGGGUUGGCAUGGGUACCUCCAACGGUGACCUGGUCCAGUCCAUUGCCGACAACUGGCAAUCCGACAACUGGAGUGUUUACGCCUACACUCUCCUGAGCACUGGCGCCAACACCCAGAUGCCCGUCCAGGGAGAGUCCGCCACCGCCGGCGAGGGUGACAAGGUUACCAUGCACUACAAGUUCGACGACAACAGCGGCAACUACACCCAGACCGUCCAGGUCAACGGCAAGACCGUCUCGACUCUCUCCACCAGCGACGCGAAGGCUCAGGGCUGGGGUAGCUCCGUCGAGUGUGCUGAGGACAACUGCGGCACUGUUGGUGCUCACUCGUGGACCGACACUAAGAUCAUCCUCGACUCCGCCGACCCCGACUACAUCAACACCGUUGGCAAGGGCGACGGUGUCACCGGCGAGAUGUCGACCAGCGACAACGGCAAGACCUGGACUGUCACCACCAUCAAGAUCCCCGAGUUCACCUUCGGACAGUCUUCGUAA